GAGGACUAUUGACCGCUGUGCCGCUAAGGGAAGAAGAGAUAUCUUAGGGGGAAUCAGCUUCAUUACGACCUAAUAUCGUGAGUCCCUUAGCCGCCGCUCCUCUCCGCUACUUUGAAAUAUCUUUUUAAGCGCCCGCGGAACUCUCCAGCGUCCUCAUACCAAUCUACGUUCCUUUGCCUGGCUGGAUACCAACUGCGCUGGAUCACCGCUUUCGACGCCCUCAAACAAUCUACAUCUUUAUCGGGUUGUUCAAGAGAGCACCUGGUAUUCCUUGACAUCCUAUGGCGAUGGUAUCCGCUCUUUACGGGAGGGCGACGGCGUCGCCUCUACCUCCGGCUUCACCGCAGUACCCCCUCUAUACAAAUGCAAUCAUCCUCCCGAUUCUGGCGUUUCCCUCCUGGGUGCUUUGCAUCCUACCUUUGAUUUGGCAUUUCUCGCAGCGAAACAUCGCCGCGUGGUCCCAGAUCUGUUGGAUUAUCCUGUUCAAUUUCUGCAACUUCAUCAAUCCUCUCAUCUGGCCACGGGAUAACACGUCAGAAUGGUACGAUGGCAGGGGCCUCUGCGACAUCGAAGUCCGCAUUUUUAUCAGCGGCGGCGUUGCCCUUCCUGCCUGCACAGCCAUGAUCAUGAGGAAGUUGGCAAAGGUCAUGGACACUUCGAACUUGACCAUGAUCCCUAGCCGCAAUAGGGUCCGCUACGAGAAGACUUUGGAAAUAUUCUGGUGCUGGGGCUAUCCUGCUAUCAUGAGUAUCCUCUACUACAUCGUUCAGUCGCGCAGAUAUUACAUCUUCGCCAUUUCCGGCUGCAAUGCUCCUCUCAGUCUAAGCUGGGUGAGCGUUGUCCUCAUGGCAAUGUGGCCACUGAUCACUAUCGUUGUCGGGGCAUUGUAUGCAGGGCUCCUGGUGUACCGCCUUUUCCGCUACCGCCGCGAGUUCAUCACUAUACUCUCAGCUCAAAAUACUACGAAGUCCCGCUUCAUACGGCUGUUUGUCAUGUCAGCAAUCGUCAUCCUCGCCAGUUUGCCGUACACGAUCUGGAUAACCUGGCUCUUUGUAAGAAACGUCAAUGACUCCUACUCUUGGUCCAAGACCCAUGCCCCCGAUUGGAAUCAGCCAGUCCUGAUCCCCACAAAGGGCGAAGUCCGGCUUGACAAAUGGGGUCAAAUCGCCACCGGCUAUGUUGCGUUCUUGGUCUAUGGCACCGGAAACGACGCGUACAACACAUACAAGCGAGCGCUCUGUUUCUUCGGACUGGGCAAGAUCUUCCCAAGUCUUUACGAAGAAUCCAACAGCUCCUCUUCGCCUUCGAGCAGCUUCCGAAGCUGGUGUUCGACACACGGCAGUAAAGCCUUGGGCUUGCUUUCCAAGGGUAGUUCUGCAACCAAUACGUCUCACACUCAGUCCUCGUGUACGGAACACGACUCUGCUCCAUUCAGUCUCACGUCUGACUCCGCCGCGUGUCAAGCCGGCUCGACACACGAGCUCGUGGAAUCACCACGGCAUGCACACUGUUCGCGUCCAACCCGCUCCCUCUUCGGGCGUAUUUUCGCUCGUCGCCAUAAUGAGCAUCCAGCUCUUCCACUUUACACUCGAGGGAGGUCUCAAAGCACGAAUGGAGGUGACAGGUCACCUACCGAUACCGUUCCUUCGGGCGUACAUGCACGUGCUUGGGCUUCUGACAGUCCUGCUGCCUCGCGUCUCCGGGAGGAUGGAGUUUGCAUCACGCAGGAACUUCGUCAGCAGGAUUCUCUUACCGAUAAGCAAAAGUGGUGAUCAACUCGCUGGGGGAUAGCGUUGCCUAUCCUCUUGGACUGGACGUGGAUGGUUUCUACGGUCAUCUUUUUCUCUGGCAUCAAUCACGAUCUUUGGCGGCAAAAUCACCUUCAUUAGCGACUCUCGCACUUUCUCUUCUUGUGUCCUGCUCUUACUUCUCCGUAUGGCGCUGCAGAAGUACAGCCUAUCUCUGCGUCGUCCUUCACUCUCAUUGAUAUCUCCUGAGGUCGCUCUGUGAUAGGGUCUCCAUUCUUUCUUUUACUCGCAGCACACUU